CAAUUCUUGGUUAAACACUAUGGUAUUUGGGCUAGUUAAGAAUGUAUCUCUCUUCUAUUCCAUAGGGAAUGAGCUGGGCUGUCUUGGCUCACCACGUCCACCUGCACUUCGUUAGAGAGCCGGGCUUUCAUAUGCCACACCACAAAAUCCCCACAAUGACAUAACUCCAUUCAGAGACUGGCGUGACUGGGCUGGCUUUUUUUCUCCCCCUUAGCUCUUGUAUCGCUAAGAAUCUGGCAGCCAGUUCUGUCCUGAGAGAGUUUACAGCAUAUAUUGGUGGAUUCUUGUCCUUAGUGCAUCUGCUUUAAGAAUUAACAAAAGCAGUGGCAAGACAGUAAGGAUUCAACUAAUUUGCUGACAAUGGAUCUAAGUACAUUUACUCUCCUCCUGGCAGUAAUCAGUGGUGCCAGUGGCUAUUACUAUGAGGAUUAUGAUUCUCCCCUAUCAAUUUAUGGGCUAUCGUCACCAAACUGUGCACCAGAAUGUAACUGCCCUGAAAGCUAUCCAACUGCCAUGUACUGCGACGGGCUGAAACUGAAAAGUGUGCCAAUGGUGCCUCCUGGAAUCAAGUAUCUUUACCUUAGGAAUAAUCAGAUUGACCAUAUUGAUGACAAGGCCUUUGAAAAUGUAACUGAUCUUCAGUGGCUCAUUCUAGAUCAUAACCUUCUAGAAAACUCCAAGAUAAAAGGAAGAGUUUUCUCUAAACUGAAACAGCUAAAGAAGCUGCACAUAAAUUACAACAACCUGACAGAGUCUGUGGGUCCACUUCCCAAAUCUCUGCAAGAUCUGCAGCUCACUCAUAACAAGAUCACAAAGCUGGGCUCCUUUGAUGGGCUGGUCAACCUGACCAUUGUCAAUCUUCAGUACAAUCAACUGAAAGAGGAUGCCGUUUCAGCUGCAUUUAGAGGCCUUAAAUCACUUGAGUAUCUGGACUUGAGCUUCAAUCAGAUGACCAAACUGCCUUCUGGUCUCCCAGUUUCUCUUCUGACUCUCUACUUAGACAACAAUAAGAUCAGCAACAUCCCUGACGAGUAUUUUAAGCGUUUUAGUGGACUGCAGUAUCUGCGUUUAUCUCAUAAUGAGCUGGCCGAUGGUGGAAUACCCGGAAAUUCUUUUAAUGUGUCAUCCCUUAUUGAGCUGGAUCUCUCCUACAAUAAGCUUAAAAGCAUACCAACUGUCAAUGAAAACCUUGAAAACUAUUACCUGGAGGUCAACGACCUUGAAAAAUUUGAUGUGAAGAGCUUCUGUAAGAUUCUAGGACCAUUAACCUACUCCAAGAUCAAGCAUUUGCGUUUAGAUGGCAAUCGUCUCACUCAAACUAAUCUGCCGCCUGAUAUGUAUGAAUGUCUACGCGUAGCAAAUGAAAUCAUUGUGAAUGUGAAUUGAUAUCUGCUAAUUUCAGUUAUAAUGAGGUGUAUCCUGGAGCAAUACUGUAUGGUUAUGAUUUUUGCAUCACUUUUCUUCAUAUCCAUUUUUUUGUUGCUGUUUAUUACUUCCAGAAAUUCUGAGGGAAAAUGUUUUGUAAACAUUUUGCCACUUUUUUAAAAGGAAAGAUGAAAGGCAGGCCUAUUUCAUCACAAGUCCACACAACACACACAUAGAUACCAAACAUAAUGCUUUAUUUGUGAAUUUCAUGUUUUCUACAUCCCUCCUGUCAAAUGAUGUACAUAGCCUUUUAUUGGUUGCAUGGAGGUCAGUCAAGUUUUAUAAUCCCUAAAUCUUAACUUAAUGUACCAAAAAAAGCAGGGACUACAUGUGGUUGUUUUUUGUCUUUAAUGAAAUCGUCUCAAUGUAUUCAAAUUUUUUUAGUUGAAAAUAGAUGGUAUUUGUGAGACCAAUAAUUUUGCAAAAUAAUAGACAAAAUUUACAAAGCCGGAUGCAUUUAAAGAAUUACUUUAGUGUCAAAAUUCAAAUGCUUAACAAGUGAAACUUUCCUUUUUAGAAUUAUUCUUCACUCUAAGUCAUGUUUAUGUUUCUUUUUGAUUAUUUGCAUGUUACAUUUAACAGGCUAAUAGCAAAAUAAAACAUAGCAAAUGUCA